ACAAAAGUACGCGAAGUUAGAUUUACCAAUCGCGAUAAGCCAAUCAAAUCUUCCAGUUUAAUCAAUGUAUAUUCACGUUGCUAUCUAAGCUUGGUUGUCAGAAAAGGUUAUAACUGCAAUUUGAGUUCCAGAACGAACACGAACGAAACACUAGCGGUACAAAAGUAGCCAUGGGAGACAGAAAAGCUGUGAUCAAGAAUGCUGACAUGUCAGAGGAGAUGCAGCAGGAUGCAGUAGACUGCGCCACCCAGGCCCUCGAGAAAUACAACAUCGAGAAGGACAUAGCUGCCUACAUCAAGAAGGAGUUUGACAAAAAGUACAACCCCACCUGGCAUGCGAUUGUUGGACGCAACUUUGGAAGCUAUGUGACCCACGAAACCAAACAUUUCAUCUACUUCUACCUUGGUCAAGUAGCUAUUCUGCUCUUCAAGUCUGGUUGAGCAUCGGGUACUGAUGUGCCAUCUUGAACAAACAAUGCCAUCACUGCCAGUUUUGUUUUCAAUUAAAGCUCAUAGUUACAGUGAAACGAUUAUUGUUAACAAAUGAAGAGCAAUUUGAAUGUAAAAUGGUGGGCUUAUGUUGAAAACUUGAAAUCAUGCUUAUGUACACAGUGAAAAUGUUAUUCACAAGUCUAUAGUUAGCUGUGCUAUCAUUAUUAUAAUUAUUGAUUCUUAAGUUGCAACAUAUGAAUAGGCUGGAUGUCACAAAUUUGAAAUUGAGUUAUAAAAGACACUGGUCAGAAUGCCAAAGGCUGCUGGCCAAGCUGGUGACGAAUUUGAGAACAAUUGUGUUAACACAAAACUUGUUCAAAAUAAUGUUUUUGUUAUGCCUGUUUCUUUUUUUCUGUACGCAAAUCUGUGAAACAGAUACAAAUAAAUAUGAAAAUCAUUA